CAAAAAAUCAAUGAAAUUAUAAAAUGGGGAGCACAAGAAGACAACGAAUGAGAAGAAAAUUUGACCACACGAAAAACAGAAAGAAAGCUUGGAAAAAAUCGUUGAAAAAGCCAACAAUUGGAUGUGAACCUAUGCGAACAGCUUGGGAUGAAAAGAAAAGUUUAAAGAAGAAUCUAGAUGAAAUGGGUCUGUCCUAUGAUCCAAAUAAAACUCUUCAUAAGAAAAUAAGAAAGGAUGGAAAAAUAGUAGAAAAAGAAAUAAAAAUCACAAAGCCUGAAGUUGUACAAGCCAUGGAAGAGGACGCCUACACACCAAGAUUAAAAGCAAUAUGGACCACACCAGAAAUAGCUAACUUCUGUUUAAAGAUGAUGGACAAACAUGGAGAAGAUUAUGUGGCCAUGGCUCGAGAUCCAAUGAAUAUAUUUCAACACACACCAAAACAGAUUAAACGUAAAAUAGAAGGAGUUAAGAAAGUUCCAGGUUUAUAUGAAGAUUUCUUAGCUUCAAGAACAGGUGGGGAUGAUAGUUCUUGAAUUUACACCUCAUUGACAUACUGUUGUUUGCAGGUACAAAUGCUUCAAAUUGGGAAUGACAGGCUGACCAUUAGGAUGCAAAAUCGGGAUCUAAACUCAUAAAGACUUUACAGAUAUUUUUCUUCUUCCAAUUGGUCAUUAAAAUUGAUUAAAAGUGUAGUUUUGAUAACCAAUUCUAAAAUAGAUGCUGAUUUGUUACCAAAAGAUUUUAUGAAACAAAUCAAAGCUCAUUUUCAAGACAGUUAUGUGCUAAAACAAAGAUAUUUUCAAGUUCUAAUCAGAUGUUCAUGACAUAAGGACUGUGUUUUAUGAAUGUGGCAGCUUUUGACUCUGUUUUCGCAAAGUUAGAAUAGUUCUUGAUGGAGAAAUCAUGUUAAUAUACUUUGUGGUGAAAGAUACUAAAUUUUGUUGUGAAAAUGUUGUUGUUUUGUCUGUCAAGGUCAUUCUCAACAUUUCCCAAUUUGAUUUCAAAAUUCAUUUCAUUAGAAUUGUCAUGUUCACAUCAUAAUGUAAAAUUCUGUAAAUAAAAAAAAACUCAUUG